AUGUCUGAUCUUCAAGAUUUGCAAAAUGCUAAUUCACCUAAGCAUACGAUUUUGAUUGAAAAAAGAAAGCAACCUAUUGGUCUUUCUUUGUUCGAUUCUUUUCCAGCUUCGCCAAAAAACGAAAAUCCAGAAACUAAAUCGGAAUCGCCUUCAAUAAACCUCAUGUCAAAAUUCGAAAUUGUCAGACCAGAAAAAAAAUCAAUAGAUCUCUUGGGAAAAACAACAGAAACUCAUGAAAAUAACAAUCCUCCUCAAAUUGAAAACGUAGAACAAGAAAUACCUCAUACAAAUCUACCAAAGAUAGAAAGAUCAAAGACAGACAAGAUCGUAUUUACAAAACCAGAAGAAAUCGAUAUAAAUAAAUUUAAAUUCGAUAAUACUUUAAUGAAUUCCCUUGAAAUACCUAUUUUCAGCAAUUUGCAAAUAAAUGCAAAGCCUUCUCCCGAUCAAAAGAGUACAAAAUCCAAAGUUUCCCCUCAAAAACAAAACAAUGAGAAAAAGCAAGGAAAUCAUGGAGACAAAAACAACAAGAAACAAUCAUUACCUGAUGUAAUUGUCGUAGACGACGAAUUACUCUCUUCUGAAGAUGAUAUAAACAAUAAAAUUUUUAUUGAACCCCCAAAGAAGCCCCAAGACAUGAUUACGUCUUCUGAUGAAGAAAUUUCAAUGGAAAGCUUGAAAUUCGAUCAAUCAAGCUUUUAUCAACUAAAUAAUUACAAAGAAAAGCCGAAAACUACGGACAAUGCAAAUAAGGACAUUGUGGAGAAGGUAAUUAGUUCAUCUGAUGAAGAAUUAUCCAUGGGAAAACUAAAAUUUGAUUCAUCAUCUUUUUAUUCAAUGGUAACAGGCCAAAACAAGUCAAUACAAGUUGAGUCAAGUGAGAAUUCAGAGGUGGAAAUACAAAAAGUCGAAAAUUCUGAAUCUGAACCAGAAAUUUUGGAAAAUGGCACGAAAAUUCAAGUUGUAAAUGAUGAGUUGCUGUCAGAUAGCUCAGAUAAUAAAAGUACUGCCUCAAAUUUGCUGACUUCCGAUGAAGAAAUUCCAAUAAAUAAUUUUAUUUUCGAUGAUUCUGCCAUUACAUCACUUUUGAGUGGUAAAACUGAAUCUAAAGAAGAUGAUAAGCCUUCAGAGCAGCUAGUAUUACCUAAACAAGAAGAAAAACUCGCUGAUGAAAAAGAAAUUUUAAUUGAGAACUCAGAAAGCUCUCAAAUGUCAGACCAAAACGAUGAAUCAAACCAUGAAGAAGAAAAACCAGAAAUUAUUCAAAAUCCAGCUGAAAAUCUUGAAAAUGAACAAAAUAUUUUGACUUCUGAUGAAGAAAUCCCACUUGAGAACUUCCAAUUCGAUUCUUCCAAGUUUAUGUCUACGUUUUCCACUGAAAACAAGCAAAAUGACUCAAAAUCAGAAAAUAUUAAUUUUGAAAAAGAAGAAACAGCUCAAAACAAAGAUGAAACAAUUACUAAUGAUAAUAUGCAACCAAUUGUUCAAGAAAUUAAGCCAAAUGAUUCGAAUUCUGAAAAUAAUAAUUUUGAAAAAGAAGAAACAGUUGAAAAAGAUGAAGAAACUGUUAUUAAUGAUAACGAACAAGAAAAUGAUCAAGAAACUCAACAAAAUGAUUCGAAAUCAGAUGAAAAGCUAUCAAAUGAAGAAAAAUUUGAUUUUGAUGAAUUUGUUGAGCUGUUUAGUGUUGAAAAUUCAGAGAAAAAGUCUGAAAAAAUUGAAAAUGAUCAAAAUGAAGAGUUGAAACAAGCUGAAACGCCAGAAAUAGCUAAUAAUGAUGAUAAUAUGGGACUCUCUUGUCCAAUUAACCAAGAAAACAACACUUUUGGCGUGAAUGAUUUUGAUGAUUUGUUUAAUAUCAAAAAUACAGAGAAAAGUGAUGUCAAAACUGUUGAAGAACAAGAUGAUAAUGAUGAUAACUCUGGAUUUUCUUGUCCAAUCAAACAAGAAAAUAAUGAUUUUGAUUUUGAUGAUUUUCAAGAUCGUUUUAGCCUCAAUAACACUGAAAAUCAACCUGAGCAGCCUAUUUCUCAGCCAAUAUCCGAAGAUUCUCCUCAAAAACAAGUAUUAAAUGAAAAUAUUUCUGAAAUUGUCAAUAAUUCUGAGCCAAAAGAUGUUGAACCACAAUUAGCAGAUGUUGUAAGUGAAGUUGUUCCAAUUUCUGGUGAUAUUGAUGAUAUUUGUGACUUAUUUAACCUUAAUUCUGAAGAAACACCAAAAGAAGAAACAAAAGACCAAAAUUCUUACGUUGGAGAAGAGGAAAGCGUCAAAACUGAAGAAGAAAUUCAACAAAUUAAAAUUGAAAAUAAUUUAGUUAAGCCAAUUCAAGAAAUUGAUGAGAAUAAUGAAGAAAAUGAAGAAGAUUAUGAGGAAGAAUAUUCUAAAACAGAAGAACAACAUGAAAUUGUUCCAAUUCAACAAAAAUUUGAAAAAGAAGCAGAGAAAAUAACAGAAGAAGAUGAAGAAAACAUUCUUUGUGAAGAAGAAAAUGAAGAAGAGGAUGUUUUAUAUGAAAAACAGCCAGAAAUAACAAAAAGUAAAAUUGUCAAUGAACCAGAGGCCAAACAAGAAGAGGAAGACUAUAUUCUUAGUGAUCUUAAGUACGGUGAGAUCAAUAUCAAGAAAAUUUCAGAAAUCAAAAUUAAUAUUUCAAAUAACAACUUCCAGGUUGCUACAUGUCACAGCAGUGACAUUGUUGUUCUUGUGAAUAACGGAUACAUAACUGUAAAUAGAAUUACAGGCAAAAAAUCCCUAGAUCUUGAAUUUUUAUUUGAUAGUAACGAAACUAAGGUCCAAAGAGCAUUUCUCUUUAAUGAUACAGUUGUUGCAGUAUCAACAGGAUAUAUUUCAGUACUUAGAAUUACAGAAGACGAUGAAUUUGAUGAUAUUUUAGAAAUUAACAGAGAAAGUAAUGGAUUAGAAGGAAAUAUCACAGAAAUUAAGGCCACAGAUAUCAACAAAGGAUUCUAUUUGCUCUGUGACUCCAGCUUAUUCUUCUUUUCUCUCAAAAAAUUCGCUUUAAUUUCAGAAAAUGUUUCACUCUUUGCUGUUAAUGAUUUCGGAUGCUAUUUUAUCACUACAGAUAAUGAAUUAUACUACUUCUCCGAUGGAAAACUCUCAGAUAUCAUUCAUAUUUUCGAUCGCGAAAUUAUUUCACUUUUUGCCACAAAUACUCAAGUGGUAGCGUUCGCACAAUAUGAAGGUACAGAAUAUUCUGAUGUGUUUGUGACCAAAGAAUUCCUCUCAAUUCGAAUUUGUUCUUUCAUUGAUUUUGAUUUUGCUGAAUCCUAUGCAAACUCUAUUGCUAUCAUGUCCGAAACAAUGAGUUUAUAUAAUAUUGAUACAAAGACUUUGUAUUCUUCUACUGUUCCUCAAUUUUUCGACAGAUUUAUGAAUCCUCUUCCAACAAAAGCGAAAAUUAUUACAGUCAAUGGUAAAAGUGCGAUCCUUGUUUAUAAUGAGAGGAUCCCCAAGCUUGUUAUUUAUGAAAUUCCUCCAGAACAUAUCCCUUCUUUGUUUGAAUAUAUAGAUUAUAACUUUAAGAAUAACCUUGUUAUGAACGAUAUUAAUGAAUAA